UGUAGGCAGCCUCCUGAGGGUUUUUUUGGUAUUGUACCCCAAAAAAUGUAUAAAUUAGCGUUGUUUCAACCUGUCUUGGAAUUCUAAUAUAACAUAUUUUUGACAUUUAAUGAAACAUUCGUUACUUUAUUUUUUAGGCUUGUGUGUUUUGAGGCUUAGCCUGCUGGUGGUGGUAAUGCUUCAUAAAGUUGGCGACCACCAUAGAAGAAGUAACACGGAACUGUCAAACAACAUAAUGUAAAUACAUGACUGUAUUAGAAAAGUGGUGUCCAGCUUCAGGGUUGAUCAGUUGGGGAAUAUUUUUUUUAUCCUGUUUAUGCCUUUAACACAAUGGCGUCCGAUAGACACAACUGUUCGUGUUGCUCCCAUGCAGCCUCCUCUCCCAGUGUUCACCAGACGCUGACUGAAAUGGAUUUUGAACGAGGUAUCUGGUCUGCUGCAAUGGAUGGGGACUUGGAGAGGGUCAAGUCCCUGGUCCAGAAGGGUACAGACCCUAACCUGAGAGACUCAGCUGGAUACACAGCUCUGCACUAUGCAAGUCGCAGUGGUCAUCACGCUGUCUGCAAGUUUCUUCUUGAGAAUGGUGCUUGUGCAUCUCCCCAGACACCAGGCGGUGCCACACCGCUCCAUCGAUCAGCUUAUUGUGGUCAUCUGGAUGUGGUUUGCCUCCUGCUGCACCACAGAGCAGAUCCAUCUCUCUGUGAUGACGAUGGUGCAUCCCCUUUACAUAAGGCUGCAGAACGGGGUCAUGCAGAGAUGUGUCAGCUGCUGCUGGAGCACUGUCCUGCACUCUGCAGCCAGGUGAACAAGAGGCUCCAGCUACCCUUCCAGCUGGCACCGCAGGGAGAUCUGCAGGAGCUCUUAAAACCACCUCGGUGACAACAGACACACUGCAUAUGCUGAGAUCAGACAGAAAUUGUGAGCUCAAAACAUGGUGACACUGGCGGACGGCUGAGGGACAAGGGCAGAAAUAACCUGCUGCAUGCAGUGGGACACCACAUUUACCACAAUUUGAACACUAUGUGGGCACCCUAGAGGGCACUUCAUCAUGGUUUAUCUUUCACAGGGGCAUCCAAGAGGGCACUUUAGCUGUAUUUCUUUUGAAAAUUAGGGCAUGUGAUGCAAUCCCCCCUGAUUCUCUGUGGAAUUAGCCUGAAAUAUAGAUUUAAAGUUAAAUACAAGAGCAGUCCCAUUCCAACAACAGUGUGCAGGGUUUUCUUCAUUCAUUUCUUCAUUCGUUAAUUCAGCUUUAUUGUUCAAUUACUGCAUGCCUUCACCCAAGAAUUCUGCUUAUGAAAAUCAAACUUGUCUUAAUCUGAUUAAUUUGUAUUUGUAUGCAUGUAUGUAAAGACAGUGAGUGUAUAGGUGAAAAUAUAAAGAUAUUUUUUACUCUAUAAUUUCACUUUAAACUUGUAUGUACAUUUUGCACUAAGGUUCCUAAUUUAUUGAAAAAAUACUUUUCAUUUUAAAGUAUUUAAAUCACACAGGAGUUGUUAGAAAAAUUGCAUGAGGAAACCUUGAAAAUUGAAUAAUCUGUCACCAACAGAAAAACCCUCACCAUUUUUCUGCGCAGAUCGUUGAUGGGGAAUGAAGAGCAGGAGGCGUCCAAGUUUCUCAGUUUAACAUAGUUUUAUUACAAUACAAUAAAAUGUGCAUUUUACAGAGAUUCUCCAGGUUCAAAAACUCAUGUCACUGAUACACACAGACGGGUUUCAGUUC